AUGUCGUGGUUUGGGCGAUCAGGCACAGCCACCUCGAUCGAGGAGAAGAUUGCAGAGGCAACUUCGGAGUCGAUUCCUAAUGGAGACAUUGAUUUUUCCGCAGCACUUGAGAUCAGCGAUUUGAUCCGGUCGAAGCAAGUUCCAUCGAAAGAUGCGAUGCGGGGACUCAAGAAACGGUUCAUCAACAACAAAAACCCAAACCUGCAAAAGUCGUCCCUGAAACUAAUAGAUUUCUGUAUCAAGAAUGGAGGCGAGCACUUUUUGUCGGAUAUCUCUUCCAAAGAGUUUAUAGAUGCCAUUGUUCUCACGUUGAACGACAAGAACCUGAACCAUACAGUUAAGGAAUAUUUGUUGCAACUGAUCCAGUCGUGGUCCAUCAUGUUCAGCACAAACCCUAAACUUGGAUAUGUGAACCAAGUGUACAACAGGUUACAAAAAGAGGGAUUCCAGUUUCCAAUGAUAACAGACGCCUUUGACAGCACGCUAAUUGAGUCGAAGGUGGCACCAGAAUGGGAAGAUUCCGACGCUUGCAUGUUGUGUUCUACUCUUUUUACGUUCUUGAACAGAAAGCACCACUGUCGAUCGUGUGGCGGAGUCUUUUGCGGUCAACAUUCUUCCAAGACUUGUGAGCUCCCGGAGCUCGGAAUCACCAUCCCUGUUCGUGUUUGUGAUACGUGCUACCAGGAACACAAGGAGAAGGCCAAGAAGCACAAGCGCAAAAGCAAGAACACGACUGUGCUUGAAGGCGACGAUAAGGACGACGAUCUGAGAAGAGCGAUCGAGCUCUCUUUGAAGGAGUCUGGAGUACCAAUUGACACACCUUCGUACAGCAAGAAACCUGAUCCGCAGGAAUUGCCUGUGGAUGACGACGAUGAGGAUAUGAAAGCAGCCAUUGCAGCCAGUCUUGCCGAUUUUAAAAGCCAGGAGGCCUUGAAGAGUCCGCCCGUGGAAAAGGCCGAGGUUGCUCCACAGCCAUCGGGACUUUACAGCAACUUGCUGCCAGAAAGCCAGAGCAUACAAUCUUACACCCCAAGCUACACUCCUGUUCCAGAGCCAGUCGUUGCUCCGAGCCAACUUGCUCCUAAACCACAAACCAUCGAUUUCAAUGCGAUCACUGCGGUGGAGGACCAGAACAUUGUGCUUUUUGCACAGUUGGUCCAAAACCUGAAGAACGCCAGUCCCGAGAAGAAACAGAACAUUGCCAACGACCAGGUGCUGAAGAAUCUGUCGAUGAGUAUCAACCAGAUCAAGCCGAAGUUGGACCACCAACUGAGGCAGGAGUUUGCUAAGCUCGACCGGUUCCAGGAUCUGUACUCGAAGACGUUUGCAAUUUCCAAAGUGUACGACGAGAUCCUCCAAUUGAGAGCACAGCAGACCCAGUAUGCGUACCAGACAUACCCACCACCACAGCAGUAUAGCAUGACAUCGCGCCCUGUUUACGCCUCGCCCCAGAUUCCGCCGCAGUAUUCAGGAUCCCCGGCUGUGCAGUACGCUCCGCUUCCGCAGCUCAAUAACACCGGGUCUGAGCCUCUUCCGUCAUCGCCGUCGCAAUUCUACCCUGCAUCUGCCGCUGUUCCCGAACAGGUUGCAUUGGAGCCCUCUGCGCCUGCUCCCCAGCAAGAGCUUGAGAAGCCAAAGGUCCAGGAGCCAGUCAAUUUGAUUGAUUUGUAA